AUGGCCUCCGAUUCAGGAAAGAACCAAGACGACGACGAAACCAAAGAACCGGUCGAUUCGCUGCGCCAGCGCGAGGAGUCCAACGCCGCCGCCGCUACAGAGCCGCCGCCCUCCGCUCCGCGGUUAGAGAUCAUCGAAGAAGAGGAAGAGGUCCAUGGGCCACCGGAAGCCGGAGGCCAGAACCCCUCCGCCGCCACCGCCACAGCUGCGGCGGCCGAGCAGAAGGGCGAGGAGACCGUGUCUCUUUUCUGGGCGGCCUGGGGCUCCGCUCGCGGCAAGCCCCCUCUUCCUCCACGCCCUCCCUCCUUCUCGAGAGAGCGCCCUCCCUCCUCCUCGAGAGCCGGAGGUCCGAGCGCCGCGUUCGAUUUGAAGAACGUGUUCGAUGAACUGAUGCUGGAGUGCCAGAGGGAGAGGAGCGGGGAAACGGACCAGAAACCCGAGGCUGAGGGAACGCCGAGGCAACAGAAUGAGCAGGUGUUGUUUCCUGGAUAUUUCGACUACGUUCUUGAGCGAUUCCUGUUUGCUUGUGAUUUGGCCUUUGGGAUAUCGAAUCCUGCCGUUCUUGGGGAUCUUGGGGGAGGAUUUUGGAUACUGGAGUCUGGACCUAAGAAAUUGUGGACUCACCAGCACUUUGGCCCAAAAAAGGCAAGAAACCGCUCUGGAGAAAGGAUAGGAAUCUCCAACCGAAAUUACACAAUACCUCAUGUGAGCUACCAGAAACUCCACAUAACCGAGCUCAUUAGGCACUACAAUCUCCUUGAAAUGGUUGCUGGACAAGGAGUGUUAUUUCAUUCACAUGCUCUGAACCUUCGCAAUGCCUAUUCUGAAUUUAGGCCAGUGCAUGGAGAUGGAGAGUGUUUCUACAGGAGCUUCAUAUUUUCCUACCUCGAGCAAGUCCUUCAUAGGCAGGAUACACAUGAGGAACACCGUCUUCUUGCUGCUGUUAAAGGAGUGGCUAGGCAACAUGCACGCCUUGGGUGGGCCUCCGAAUUUUCCAGGAGCCACAAAGCAUUUAAGAAGCUGAUAAAGAAAGUAAUGAGAUGGAAGACACACAGAAGGUGGAAGCAUGUACCAACAAUUAACAGCUACCGCAUAGGGAAACUUCUUGAGUUCUUCAAUGAUUAUAAGGGGACAGACGACAUUUUUGCUUUCCUCAGAUUGGUAGCAGCUAUCUGGAUAUGCUCGCACAGUGAAGAGUUUGUACCACUUAUACCUGAGCUCAAUGAAGGUCGCACUCUCACCGAAUGGUGCUUUCAAGAAGUUAUCCAGCGUAGGGUCUUUACAGAUCAUAUUCAGAUAACAGCACUAGUCAGGGCGCUUCGGGUGCCUCUGCGAGUGGAGUACCUCUUUCAAGAAGCUGGUGAAGACCUCUACAUUGGCCAAGAUCCCCAAGAUGAUAUGCCAAGAAGCACGUGUUGGCCACGUCAUCAUCAUCAAGUACCCCCUGAUCAUGAAGUUCCCCGUGUGACCGUGCUACACACGCAGGAGCACUAUGACAUCAUAUACCCAUACCAUCCUGAUGGUCCUGUGACUUCUGGUGAGAGCUCUGGUCAGCGGUCUGACAAGACAGAGAGCCAGGCCGCUAAGAGUCCAAGUCAACACCAGACGGGUAGCUGCAGUGGUGAGACAUCAAAUCAACAGAUUGACCGGGUGGAGGGCUCCACCUCCACUGGUGAGAAAUCAGAAUCAGAUAAACACACUGCGGAGCGGGAAAGUUAA